UAUGAGUUCAGGUGAAGAGGAAGAUAAACAAUAUCAAAUUGAUUAGCUCCUUCAAAAGAUUACAGAGGUAUAAUUUAUUUUAUACUUAAGAUUGAGAACACUCGAUAAGUCCAUCCUCAUAAAAAGAAAGUUGAGGAACCUCAAUUUAAUUUAGUUUGUUUCCUUAAACGUCCAUUAAUAGAAGACCUAUCAUUAGAAGAAGCACGUUUAUGUUACUUAGAAAACAAGAGGUAGAUGGGUAUGUUUGUUUCAUAAUAUUCAUUAAGUUUUCUCAAAAUAAAACAUAGAAGAAAAAUCGAAGAAACACUUUUACUCUUCCAAUAAUUCUAGUAAAAUAUAAAGCAAAUUGUUAACAUUCUUUUCUAAAGUUUUAAGAGAUUAACCUAACAUGCUUGAAAACUUUUUGUAUGAUAAAUACGACCAUAAAUUAGAAACAGUAUUUGAAUAGAAAGUACAUAUUGGGAUGGUAAUAAUUUAAAUAUAUUAUUAUUUAUAAGACAUCUUAAUAAUUUGAACCUACAUUUUAACCUUCUAAAUUACCUUUACUUGGUUAUAACUUUGAGGAUGCUUUUUAAAUUUCUACUGUAGAUUCUAGAAUUGGGCGGAUUAAUAAAUAAAAGCAAAGAAAAGUAUUCUAUAUUUAUCAUCUAUUAUUUUAGCUAAAGAAUGAAUAUUAAACUUCAACAUAGAAUGAAUAUUUUAAUACAAUCAUAUAAUAAGAAUUAUAUGAAGAUCCUAUUGAAAUUGGAGAUUAAAAAAAAAGUUGGACAAUUAUAGCUAGAAAUGCUGCCAAAAUUUCAAGAUUUAAAGCUAAAUUUAGAUAAGAUUUAAGAGAAUUCUUUAAAAGAAUUGCAUAUUUUGCUGCCAAAGAAGCAAGAAGAAGAAAUUAAAAAUGUUAAAAAUAUUAAAAAGAUUUUAUGAUAAGAGCUAAAAAAUUAUCUAAAGAAGCUUAAUCAUAUUGGAGAAAGAGAGAUAAAGAAUUAAUAGAAAUAAAAAAAAGAAAAGAAAAAUUAGAAUAAGAAAGAAAAAAGAAGGAAGAAGAAGAAAGAGAAUAAUUACUUUAAUAAAAAAGAUUAGAAUUUUUAAUGAAAUAAUCUGAUAUAUAUGCACAUUUUAUGGCUAAAAAAUUAGGAAUAAGUUUGGAACAUUAAAUUUAAUAUACAAAUGGUAAUGUAGAUAUAGAUGAAUUAAAAGCAUUUGAAACUGUUUAAAAAGUAAUAAAUGAUAAUAGAAGAUAAUUAUAAUAAUUUGAUGGCAAAGAAUAAGAGAAUGUAAAAAUAUAAGAGUUAAAACUGGACCAUAAUGAUUAAGAUAGAGAUUUUUCACUUAUUGCACCUCCAUCAACCUUUUAAGGUGAUUUAAAAGAAUAUUAAUUGAAAGGAUUAAGAUGGCUUGAUAAUUUAUAUGAUUAAGGAAUUAAUGGAAUUUUAGCAGAUGAAAUGGGAUUAGGAAAAACUAUAUAAGCAAUUGCAUUAUUAUCUCAUAUUAGUUCUUUUAAAUAAGUUUGGGGUCCAUUUUUAGUCAUAGCACCUUCAUCUACAUUACAUAAUUGGUAGUAAGAAAUUAAAAGAUUCUGUCCUUCUCUUAAAGUUUUACCAUAUUGGGGAUAAGCAUAAUAGAGAAAAACUAUAAGGAAAUAUUUUUAAUAAAAGAAUUUUGGUCAAAAAUCAUCAUUAUUUCAUAUAGUUGUUACUUCUUAUAAUUUAGUAGUAUCUGAUAAUAAAAUAUUCAAUAGAGUAAGAUGGUAAUAUAUGAUUUUGGAUGAGGCUUAAGCAAUCAAAAAUAUUAAUUCAUAGAGAUGGUAGAUAUUAUUAUCAUUCAAUGCUAGAAAUAGAUUAUUAUUGACAGGAACUCCAAUUUAAAAUACAAUGGGAGAAUUAUGGGCUUUAUUACAUUUUAUUAUGCCUAAAUUUUUCGAUAGUUUUGAUUAAUUUUAAGAAUGGUUUUCAAAAGAUAUUGAGGCUCAUUCAUAGGAUUAAAAAACUUUAAAUUAACAUCAAUUAUAAAGAUUACAUGCUAUAUUGAAACCUUUUAUGUUAAGAAGGUUAAAAAAGGAUGUAGAAAAUGAAAUAGGUUAGAAAAAAGAAAUCUAAAUAGUAUGUGAAAUGACUAGUAGAUAAUCAAUACUUUAUAAAAAUGUUAAAUCUAAAUUGUCUAUCAAAGAAUUUUUCAGAAUGUUAGAUUCUAAACAAAAAGUUGAUAAUCUUAUGAAUUUAGUCAUGUAAUUUAGAAAGAUAUGUAAUCAUCCAGAACUUUUUGAAAGAAAACCAUAUAAGACUCCAUAUAUUUUUUAAGAUAAGCAAAAUGUUGAAGUUUACCAAUAAAAUCCAAUAGUUUAAGUAACAAAAAGAAAUCCUAUCAAAUUUAUAAUUCCUAAAUUAGUUUAUGAUAAUUUGAUUGAAGAUAAACUUUGCUUAUUUACUGCCCAUUAUAUAUAUACUUCUUUAAAAAAUGGAGAUUCAACGUUUGCUUUUUUUGAAUUAAAGCAUUUACCUUAUGGAUUAUUCUAAAAAAAUAUUUUUGAUCUAAUUCUUUUGCUUUGUAAUUUUGAUGAUCAUAAAAAAUUAAUUAAUUAUGAUUUGUGUAAAUAAUUGUAAUUUUAUAUUCCAAUUGCUUAAAGUUAAAUAAUAGCUUUUGAAUGUAGAUCAUGUUCAUUUUAUUAAAAACUUAAUUAAAGUUUAUACAAUAGAUAAGCAUUAUCUUUCAUAAAAGAAUCAUAAGCCUGUUUUAUUUUACCUAAUAGUCCAGAUUAAUUAAUUGCAUCAUCAUCAAAAUUGUUAUAAUUGGAUAAACUAUUAAAAGAUUUAAAAUAAAAACAAUGGAGAGUUCUAAUAUUUUGUUAGAUGACACGAAUGUUAGAUAUUUUAGAAGAGUAUAUGUUACACAAAGGAUAUACAUAUUUUAGAAUGGAUGGAUAAUGUUAAAUAAAUGAUAGAAGAGAUAUGGUUAAUGAAUUUUAAUAAAAUGAUAAGAUUUUUGCUUUUCUAUUAUCUACAAGAGCAGGUGGUUUAGGAAUUACUUUAACAUAAGCAGAUGCUGUAAUUUUCUAUGAUAAUGAUUGGAAUCCUACUAUGGAUGCUUAAGCAACAGAUAGAGCUCAUAGAAUUGGAAGAACCAAAGAUGUUUAUGUCUAUAGAUUGAUAACUAAAGGUACUAUUGAAGAAAGGAUAGUUAAAAGAGCAUAAUAAAAAUAAAAUGUAUAAUCGACGGUUUAUUCUGGAGGAUUCUAAGGUGAUAAAUUUAAACCUCAAGAAGUAUUUAUGUUUUAAUAUUAAAUUUAGGUUUUUGAAUUAUUAUUUGAUGAAUAAGAUAUGGAUGAAACUGUAGCCAAUAAAUUUAUGGCAAAAGGUUAAAAGAAGAAAAAGAAACCUAUUAAAGAAUUAAAAGAUCAAUAAAAGGAUUUAAAUAAAGAGCAAAAAGAACAAUAAGAAGAAGAAGAUAUAAUCGAAGUCGAUUUAAGAGAAUUAGAAUUGAAUGAAAAAGAUUGUGAAGAUGCUGAUUGA